AGGACACACCUCCAUAGAUCUCAUAGCUAGAUUUACCCUUUGGUUCAUCCUCUGCCAACAGCCACUUGAAGAGGCAGGGGCAGUCUGAGCAAGAAUGGAGAAAACUAUUAAAGAUCACCUGAUUGACACUUUUGAUGAUCUGGGGCAGGACAACCAAAAGAAAUUUAAAAGCAAAUUGUGCGAUCGAAAGAAAGAACCGCGCGUCCGCCGCGGUGCGAUCGAAAAGGCUAAAGACUCCUUGGAUCUCGCAGAUUUAAUGGUGAUCACUUUUACAUCGAAAGAAGCGAUCCCUGUAUCACUGGAAAUUUUAGAAGCAAUAGGCUGCAAUGAACAAGCAAAGGAACUCAAAGAGGUCUCAGGGCACAAUACAUCCGGCAGCGUUCAUGACCCGACAGCAGGGCCAAGCCCUCCAUCUAAUGACAAACACUUCAUUGAUCGCAAUCGGAAAGAGCUGAUACAACGAGUUAAUAACAUAGAUGCCAUCCUAGAUGAACUAUUUGAAAAGGAAAUCAUCAGAAAGGAGGAAUAUGAUGAAAUCCGUGCUGAGAAAACCCCACAAAGCAAGAUGAGAGCGUUAUUUGACGGCCCCAUCAACUCUGCUGGCACUGCAGGGAAAGAUGCUUUAUACAAAGUUCUUAUGAAGUUACAGUUCCACUUAAUGAAAGACCUUGGGGCUAAGUGAAAAUCCUGUCAGCCUGAAUCAUUUUUUUAUUUUUAUUUACUUCUUAUCUCCUGUAAUGGAUACAUCAUACAACAAAUACCUUACAGUUACAAUAACUGUUAAAAAAAGCAUCUAAAACACACACUGCACUAUACCAUAUAAACAGUGAAGCCGUCUUUUCAAAUAUAGGAUUUUUAUCCACAAUGCAAAACUUGGAAAAGUUCACUGGACCAAAGUCUCUUCUUUAUUGGUUUUUCCAAGCACAACCUGUAUCAUAGAUUAGUUACAAAAUCAAAAAGCUUGCUUGUUGGACCAAAAUUGUGUUUAGACAUUUAAGCCCAGGGAUGCAAGCUACUCACCUUUCAGCUAAAGUCACCUUUUCUGAAGCCUAAAUUGUUCGGUAAGUUUUAUAAAAAAAAAUAUUUGAAAGGGUUACUUUUUUCACAUCUCAUGAGUUUGCAUACCUGUAAACCAUUUUAACUGAGGAUUACA